AUGAGCUUUCUCGCGGGAAGACUAGCCGGGAAAGAGGCAGCAUAUUUUUUCCAGGAAUCCAAACAGGCGGUGGGCCGUCUUGCAUCCCAGAAAACCCCAACCCAGAAGAAGCUCCCAUCGCCGCCUUCUGAAGCUUACUCGGCUACUGAGCGGGAAGCCCAAGCUGACGUGCUUCCCGAGGUGCUGAGGAACUCUUUGCCCUCCAAGAUUUUCCACCAACCCUCUGAAAUGAUGUCGUCCCUAGACACAGGCUCCAAAUGGGUUCUUCAAUCUGAUCCCAAGGGUGGCUAUUUUGUCUCUGCUGAGGCUCUUAACCCUCUAAGGGCUUAUCUUUCACUGCCGCAGGUCACUUUUGGCCCCAGAAGGUGGCAACUGCCCGAAUCAGAAAGCUCGGUGUCAGCCUCAACGGCUAAUGAACUGCGCCGAGACAGGCACACCACCCCCAUUAAUCCGGAAAAGUUGAAGGCUGCAACUGAAGGGCUUACACAAAUUGGAAAGGCAUUCGCUGUUGCAACAGCAGUGGUAUUUGGUGGUGCGACCUUGCUAUUUGGAAUGGCUGUCUCAAAAUUACAGUUACAGAAUAGUGAAGAUAUCCGAACAAAAGGGAGAGACCUUGUCGAGCCAAAGUUAUAUAUGAUUCAGGAGCAACUGGCUCCCUUGAGAGCGGGGGUCGAAAAAACGUCGAGGAAAUGGCGCUUGGAAAGGGAAGAAAAUAUACAAGAGAAGCCUAUUAUUAAGGCGCUUUCUAAAAUGUUGGUUCUAACUGACAUUGUGAAUGGCCGUGGCCACGAUGUUUGGAGGGUGGCUGGGCUGGCGGAGAAAGUAAAAAUGAUAGGAAUAGUGCUGUAUGAAUAA